ACCAUGGCCCUGAGUGACUUUUGGAAGCAGUUAUCAUGGUUUUACUACCAGUAUAUUCUUGUGACGGCGCUGUACAUGCUGGAGCCCUGGGAGAGGAUGGUGUUCAACUCCCUGUUGGUCUCUGUGGCCGGCAUGGCUGUUUACACCGGCUACGUCUUCAUGCCGCAGCACAUCAUGGCUAUCCUACACUACUUCGAGGUCGUCCAAUGACACGAUGACCCGCUCCAUCCGCCCUCAGCUCCUGUCUGACUCUGUCCUCCGUCCACCCACCCGUCUGCCGUCUCCUGGGCUGGACGUGGGGAUUGUUUCCAACCGUGUGGAGGCAGAACCUCUCUCCUCAUCCUCCUGUUUUGCAACGCUAAUUAAAUAUCUACGGUCAAAGCUCUGAACGUCGUGCUUGAGGUCACGCUGGACGAUCUUAUCACCUGGGACUCUUUGGGAUUGUGAACAGUGUCGGGCUCGAAGGCAAGGCCUCAGAAGAGGGUGUGCUUGGUUUCCUUUCACAUUGGUUUUAUUUUUAAAUCAAGCGUGCCUUACUGUUUUUGAAAAUGUGUAAUUAUACGGUUGUGUGGAGAGUGACUGGACUAUUGUUUGUUUUUUAAUUCCAUUAAGACGUGACACCAUUGUUGUCUUAGAGUUAAUGCAUGAAACAAAGCAGCUGACGGUCCUUUUACUCCAUAACUAUAGGGAGGGGGGGGGGCAGGUUGUGCAUAAUAAUAUAACAACGCUCCAAUCAUGCAGCACCUGCACCGACCUGUAUCAGGUGUUUCUCAUCAUUCUCCGCACGUUCCUGCUCAUGUUAAAGCUCAACAAACUGGAGAAGAUGGCAGAGAGCUAAACUGGUCCUCCAGGGUUGGAGUGGGAGUUGGAGUCGCUUCAGCAUCUCUCUUGUUACCUGUUGACUUGUGGCUGCAGCUGCCUGUACACACACACACACACACACACACACACACACACACACACACACACACACACACACACACACACACACACACACACACACACGCAUCACUCCGUAAGAGCUAAAGGUGGAAGUUCUCAGGCGAUGCAGAAAGUGACACUAAAGGUGUCGUGAGGUCCUAAAUGACACAAUUGUUCCUUAUUUUGAACCACUCAGCAGACAUUAAUAGUUUUCUCUUUGUACAGAAAGGAUAAAAGUUUUAUAUAAUCAUAUUUCAUGAUAUGUACUGCCCCUUAUAGAAAAUUGUGAUUUUUCUUUUCCCCUGCAAAAGUAUGUAUUUCUCUCAAUUUUGUGUACAUAAUAGAAUUAAAAAUAUGUGUGGUUUGUGUGAACUACUGAUGCUAAACACUGUUGUAUGAUUCUGACAUCAUUAAAGGGAUAAUCACUUUGUUUUACCUGCGGUUACUUAGAACAUCUGCAAUAAUCCCCCCCCAAAACCAGGAGAUCCUGCUCACCUGGUUCUAUCGGAGGCUUUCUGCAACAGUGUGCAGUUAUUUAAUCUUUUUGUUUUUGAGCGUAAGGAUCAUGUCGUUCGUUCAGUUCAGAAGAAGUGCUGACGUUUCGUUGUGAGGGAAUAUUCUGCUCAAGGAUAUACAUUUGUUUUAUGUUCUUAUUGACAGUGAAAAGCCACAAAGUCUUAAAUGUAAAGCUGAUGAAAUGUGUUCUACAUGUAUUAAGUUACCCCCCCCCCCCUGUAUCUGCCGUUAUUAGACACCAGGUGGAAGUGUUUCCAUGUGUUGGACACGUUUCACAGCUGUGUCUGAAUGUUUUCUUAAAGUAACUCAAAACAGACAAUUAAGUUGUUUUAUUUAUUUAGUUGGAACUUUAAUGAAUGUGUGUUUUUCUUUCUAGACAUCCAGGAAAUGUACAUGUAUACUUUUUAUUUUAUAAAUACACUAUUGGUCCUUACAGUUUUAAAGAGCUUGACGGGAGAAUCUGCUGGUUAUUAACAGCAAGAGAAGAUUUAUCAUCAUUUCAUUAUGUCAAAUAAAAUGUAUGAUGAGCAACAUUUUUAAAAGUUAUCAGCUCAAACCUGGAACUCCAGCGGCCGAUGUAGGGCAUCAAAAUAUACUUACAUUUCAGAAUAAGACAUGUUAUAUAUUUGUUAUUAUAAUUAUUGAUGUAUUAAUGUUGCGUCUGGUAAAGGUGGAGCUCAUUUCAAUUGCGUUGUAUACUGCUGGGUAUCUUCACCUUUAAUAAUAAAUCAUUAUUCAUUUGAUAAUUUAUCAUUUGUAUUAGGCUAUUAAUCUGAAUCUGCAAAAUAACUAAAGCUGUCAAAUACAUAUAUUAGUACAUAUUACAAUACUUCCCUCUGAAAUGUAGUAAUUAAAUUAGAACAUGUACAACAAUAUAUGCCAAGUUGUACAUCAUCAGUAGUAAGCUCUUUAGACGAAGCACACAAUGUAACCAGAAAUAUAACAUACCAUACCAACACCAUUCUCUUGUCUUUUUCAUAUAUUGCAGUGAUAUGCAGUACACUAUUAGUUAUAUAAUAAAAUCAAACAAAGGUUGUAGUAGAUCACCACACCAAUUAUCAAUGCCUGUGCAAUAUUCUCUUUUAUAACUUUUGCAAUUACACUGUCAUGUGCGACUGUACUCAUAUUAUAUUACUGUUACUGUAUUUUUAUUCUAUUUAAUUGUGUACUCUCUUUGCUGUAACAAUGUACAUUUCCCCGUCGUGGGACAAUUAAAGGAUUUCUGAUUCUGA